CCUUCCAAUACAAGCCAGGCUCAACUGGGACUUUCUAUCUGCUGGCGCUCAAAAUAGGCGGGAGUGGUCGCCACAGCAUUCUGUCGAGCCUAGAUGCUUUCUGUAGUUUGAUUGCAGGCUCUAAAGCUCCAAGUACUUGAUUUCCUUCGAAUUUCUAGGGUUUUCUACUUCACUUAGUUCUCAGUCUCGUCACUCCGAUCAUUCUGCCAUUUUAGUGAUUCAUCUGGAAUCCGGAUAUGGAGAACGCCGGAGUAACCUCGGAGGCCUCCGUCCGCCGCCCGCAGAAGAAGGCUAGGGUUUUGGAACACUCGGACGGCGGGCCGUCCAAAUCGAGUGGGUCGAACCCGGAGAAGAACGACCGUAUCCCCGCUGAUGGCGAGCAGUUGUCCGGUGAUGAUGGUGAUGGUGACUGGCUCUUUGAUGGGGCUGGAAAUCGUUCGCCCAAGGCGAGGAGGAAGCGCGGUCCCUCGGCCAAGGCUGUAGGGGCCAUGGAGGACUGGCGGCUUAUUGAGAUUAUCAAGUAUAAUAGCAAGCUUAUCCCAUAUGCUGUUAAGAGAUUGGUUGAGCAGUAUGAAGCAGACCCUAAAUCUGCAAUGGUGGAUAUUCUGAUGCUGCUCUUUGAGGCAUGUGGUGCUAAAUAUCAGUUUCAUGUGGAUACCAUUGAAUCUACUGACGUGGAUAAUGUGGUAGUCAAACUUGUAGAGCUUGCUAAUGCUGGCGAAGUUGAAGAUCUAUAUACCUCCAAGCGGAAGGAGCUUAAGAACUUCAAGGAAAACCUUGCUUCGUUUUGGGACACUUUAGUACUUGAGUGUCAAAAUGGGCCAUUAUUUGAUAAUAUCUUAUUUGAGAAAUGUAUGGACUAUGUCAUUGCAUUGUCAUGUACACCUCCUAGAAUUUAUCGCUAUGUGGCUACACUCGUGGGCCUUCAGCUUGUCACUUCCCUUAUAGCAGUUGCCAAGAUACUAGCAGGCCAGCGUGAGACUACUCAAAGACAGUUGAAUGCUGAAAAGAAGAAACGGAGUGAUGGACCUCGUGUGGAGUCAUUGAACAAAAGAUUAACUCAGACCCACAAAAUGAUAAGUGUCAUAGAAGAGAUGAUGAGGAAACUAUUCCAAGGGUUAUUUAUGCACCGAUACCGAGAUGUUGAUUCUGACAUUCGAGUUUCUUGUAUUAGAUCACUUGGCAUUUGGAUCUUGUCUUACCCAUCACUAUUCUUGCAGGAUUUAUAUUUAAAAUAUCUAGGUUGGACUUUAAAUGACAAAAUUGCUGCUGUCAGGAAGACUUCUGUCCUGUCCUUGCAAAACCUUUAUGAAGUGGAUGAUAAUGUGCCAUCUCUUGGCCUUUUUACUGAAAGAUUUUGCAACAGAAUGAUUGAACUUGCUGAUGAUAUUGAUAUUCCUGUUGCCGUUUCUGCCAUAGGGCUUCUUAAGCUUCUUCUGAGACAUCAGCUCCUAACAGAUGAGGAAUUGGGCCCUUUAUAUGAUUUGCUCGUUGAUGAACCUCCCAUGAUUAGGCGUGCUAUAGGUGAAUUAGUUUAUGAUCACUUGAUUGCACAGAAUGUGAAGGGUUCAUCAACAAAUUCCAAAGGGGAAGAUGAUAAAACUUCUGAAGUUCACUUGGGAAGAAUGUUGCAAAUACUUCGAGAAUUUCCUGAUGAUCCAAUCCUGAGUGCAUACGUUAUUGAUGAUGUCUGGGAUGAUAUGAAGGCCAUGAAGGAUUGGAAGUGUAUGAUUUCCAUGCUUCUUGAUGAAACUCCAACAAUUGAAGUUACUGAUGUGGAUGCUACAAAUCUGGUUCGUCUGCUUAAUGCUUCCACCAAGAAGGCGGUUGGAGAGAAGAUUGUUCCAUCCACUGACAACCGUAAGCCGCAUUAUACAAAAGCCCAAAAGGAGGCCAUAGAUAAUAACAGGCGAGAAAUAACUGCUGCCUUAAUGAAGAGCUAUCCACAACUGCUGCAAAAAUAUAUUGCUGAUAAAGCAAAGUUACCGUCAUUAGUUGAAAUUCUCUUACUUUUGAACCUAGAGCUUUACUCUCUAAAAAGACGGGAGCAGAGUUUUAAAUCUGUUUUGGAUCUUAUUGCCGAAGCAUUCUUUAAACAUGGAGAAGAGGAUGCUUUAAAAUCCUGCAUUAAGGCUAUCUCCUUUUGUUCCACCGAGAGUCAAGCUGACUUGCGGGAUUAUGCUCAAAAUAAGCUCAAAGACAUUGAGAAUGAGUUACUAGACAAGCUGAAGGCAGCCAUAAAGGCUGUAAAGGUUGGCGAUGAUGAGUAUUCUCUUUUGGUUAAUUUGAAACGGUUGUAUGAGCUUCAACUGAAGAAAAAUGUUGUUAAUGAAGACUUAUAUGAUGAUCUGGCUGGCAUUCUUAGAGAUGUAAAAGGAUUGGAUGACGAGGUGCUUGGUUUUGUACUUCUCAAUAUGUAUUUGCAAGUAGCCUGGUCGUUGUGCUCAAUUGAUAGUGAAAAUCCUUCUGAAGUAUCUUUAACAGUGUUGUUGUCCAAGAGAACAAAUCUCUUUGAACAGCUAGAACACAUCAUGUGCUCUUUGGUUGUAGUCCAUGAGGAAAGGCGUCGAACUGUUCUUCCAUUCAGAGUUUCCAUCAUACUUGCAGAAAUGUGGAACUUGUUCAGGAAGUCAAAGUAUGCAUCUACAACACUCGAGAGUCUGGGAUAUUACCCAGAUUCUUCCACUGUUGAGAAGUUUUGGAAGCUUUGUCAACAAAUACUUAACAUUUCAGAUGAGACUGAAGAGGAAUAUGCGAAUGAAGAAUAUAUUGAAGAAACUAAUAAAGAUGCAGUAUUACUUGCUGCUUCUAAGUUAGUGAUCAACAAUACUGUUUCCAGGGAUUAUCUUGGCCCAGAAAUCAUUUCACAUUUUGUGAUGCAUGGGACGAGCACUACUGAAAUCAUUAAGCAUCUCAUUACAGUUCUAAAGAAAACUUCCAAUGACAUUCCUCAAAUGUUUCUGGAGGCAAUGAAAAGGGCUUACCAACGUCAUAUGGAGGAACAAUUGAAGAGCAAUUAUGUAACCGUCACUGGAAAGUCUUUUACAGAUUGUGUGGAAUUGGCUAAGAGGCUUUCAGGAACAUUUUCUGGUGUUGCUCGUAGCAAAUUUAGAUUGGACAUUUUAAAGAUCGUCAAGGAUGGAAUCUCUUAUGCUUUUGUGGAUGCUCCAAAGCAAUUGUCUUUUUUGGAGGCAGCUGUUAUCCCUUUCGUAUCUAAACUUGCUGCAUCGGAUAUCCUGGACAUCUUGAAAGAUGUGAAGAGAAGAGCAGAGAAUGUGAACUCGUAUGAAAAUCCUAGUGGUUGGCGCCCAUAUCAUACAUUUAUUGAGCAUUUGCAUGAAAGAUAUGCCAAAAAUGAGGCUAUGCAAGAUGAGGGAGAUGGGACUGCCGUAAGACGGCGAGGACGGCCGAGGAAAGUAAGGAACAUGGAGGGAAAGAAACUCUUUCAUGGUGAGGGUUCCAGUGGAGAAGAUUCUAUCAGCAUUACAGAGCAGAAUAGUCAGGACGAUGACGAUGAAGAAGAGCAGCAGCCCCUUAUUCAUUCCAUCAAGACUUCUGCGUCUAAGCUCAAGGCUUUAAAAAUUACUCAGCAGCAGCAGGAAGCAAGAGGUCAGACCGGUACUUCUUCAGCCACAGGGAGGAAUAGUUAGUCUUUUCUUGGGAAAGGAAACUGAAGCAUGAGAGUCCUGAAAGCUGAUUUGAAUUAUUAGAAAAAAAAUAUUAGUGUUUAAUGAUGCAAGUGUUUUUAGUGUUUUUAAUUUACUUGAACGCAAUCCCUUGGAUUAAAUGCUCUAUUAUGUUCAGUGAUCGGGAACAAGUCUCUUUUGGCUUUGCAAUCAUUUGUGUUUGACUUGUUUUUU